CCCCUCAAAGGUGUCCAGAGGCGGUGGCUUGUGUGGGAGAUUUAAUCAAAGACCUGAAACUGUAGCCGAGGCACCCACACUGGCAUUAAAAUUGCUUAGCUACCAGAAAAUAUCCCGAAAAGCAGAUAUUAAUAUAUUUAUUUAUACAGUAUACAUUCUGUGCCUUUAUUUUAGCGGAUAUUAAAUUUACCUUAAAUCUAAUCAAAUAUUGGCACCGUAUGUUAUAAGUAAGAUAAAUUAAAAAGUACAAUAUUCCUCCGAGUGUCACAAAGAUGUUGCACUUGCAAGAUGAGCAGGAGAAACUUUCCUGAGAAUCGCUUUUGGAGCCACCGAGCCGCUUCAGCAGCUGAUCCCUUCGAGCAUUGUGGAGUCCCUCGCACACAUUGUCCUCGAAUCAGCGGGUUUACAAAACUUCGACUUCAAGUUGGGUAUACAAGCUGAAAUUACAGUUUGGUCCCCCGCCUGCCAGCCGGAAUACAAACUUUCCGUGUUACGCAAUAUACGAGUAUUUUCAGCAAAAAUAUUUGUCACUUGGCAACGCGUCAAAAGGGAGAGUUUGUGCCUCCCCAGCCAGCGAACCUUCUUUUUUUUUUUAAAGUUUACACAUGGGAUUGAAGCUGGUGGUGUCAGCCAUUGGUUAUUUAAUCGCGCCACUCACAUAAAUAAUGAAAAUCUUGAAGACGGCUUAUCCCUAUUAGGACGUACCAGGCGUUGACAGUUUUCAGCUAUAAUUUGCCUAGGGCUGACAAUGAGUCGAGGGCACACAGCCAGUCGAGAAGGAAGAUGGGUUGGCUCAUUAAAAAGUCAGAGGCUGUCAUCGGGGCGUAUACGCAACCGCAUUAGGAACUCUCGGCUCCUCAGCCAGACAACAAUUCAGUUUCCAUUGCAAGUGCUCACGUGCGAGCCGCCUCCACAGGCUUAAUUAUAGUGCCUGGUGGGUCUCGAAAGGCGUAUCCUUCUCAUCCUUCUCAUAGGCAUACUCGCACCAUUCAUACGUGCAUUUGUGCGACGGCUAAUUAGACUCGCCUGAGAACACAAAGGAUGCGUUGAGGACGUGAAGAGCGUGCCCCUUUGUGACCGAGCACAUACUCAAUUAGAGGCGCUGAAUGGAACGGGCGUGAAUGGCUUGCUGUGGCUUAGUUAAUUUAAAAACUUUGACCGCACAAGUCAUAAUCAGCGCUGUCUCAUAAAUCUCAAAUGAUUUCUUAAGUCCUAGUUGUAUACGAAAGGGGCACAAGAUGUCUAGACUUUCAGAAACAGUUAAAACCACUGGAUGUGUCUGUUGAAGUAUGGAUACACAAGUUAUAAAGCUAAAGCCGAAUAAUUCGGUUCAAUAAACUCAAUAUGGUUGCUGCCAAAGACUUUAAACAAAUAUCCAUUAAAUUCAAAAAAAAAGCCAAUAGGUUUUCUGCAUAACUAGCUCCACUUCAUGGCCUUAUCCCACAUUUAGCCAGCAUAUCAGACACGCCCCGCUUAUCCGAAGUAAGCCAGUUAGAAGUUCCAGUUCAUCAUUAUUCACAGUUAUCGCUAGCAGGCGGCCAACAACGACAAGCUAAUGGUGUUGGCCUAGUUUUAAACUCGCCGUCGGCAUACUGCGAAAUUGUAAAACAAUAAGAACAACGACCACAAAGAACUUUUGUUUAGAGCUGAGGGUGUGCAAAAAAAAUUGAGGCACACACAUAUGCAUGACCAGGCGAAUGCAAUUUCUGAGCCCAAAACUGCGAUUUAGCCCAUUUGGUAUGCAAAUGCGAUGGCCAACACACAAAAGGACACUCUGCAUGUGCACGAAUAUCGAAAGCCAUUUAAGGAUAUUUUCUUGUACAUGUGUGCAUUUCACAUUUGCGGUUUUGCCUGCGUUUUUGACUUACAACCCAUGCCUUUGUGCAGAAAGUGCAUAGACAACCGGGAGCCAUUCGUGGAUGUAGCUACAACUCACCUACCUAUACUAGUAUUUCGCCCAAAGCCUGGCUGACCAAUUUGUUUGUGUCUGCGUCCUGGUUUGGCCCCAAUUCUGUGUUUGCAUAAUAGCGACCCCCCUAAUAAUUGCUCCUGGCCACACAGCCACAGCAAUUCGGCCCCCAAAAACACUGGGCUCAAAUGCGUGCCAAAAACCUUUGGUAAUUGAACUGUAUCCGGCUGCUUGUCUGUGUUAAUUGCUGGCGGAUUCCAUUCGAUUAUGAUGAAUUGCGGACGAACAUUAGACUCGGCUUGUCCAUUUUGUGGGAUAUUCGAUACAUGUAUGCUGUUGUUUGACGAAACUUAAUUGGUAGGGAAAAGCCAACUGCGGUUUACUGAAAACCAAACACAUUAUUUCAAUGAUAAACGCAAAAAGAGUGUGGGUGUUUUACAGACUUUUAAUUCAAUGGUAUGCAUAUUUAUCCUGGCGGAGUGUAACUCCGGCAUAAUCUUGUGUGUAAUCUCGAGUGAUGCGUCAUCUUUAAGGACCAGUUCGUGAUGUGGCUGCUAGUUCUCUCAACAACAUCACCCAGCAACAUUAACUACAUCAGCAACUGCGAUAAAACAGCGGCGCAGCGCGUUCUUCUAAUUGGAUUUUCGGUUUUAAGCAAGCUUGUAAUUCCAUUUACACCGCCGGGAGACCCACAAAAAACCAACAAUGUCAGGCCAAGCCAUUUAAGUAUAAUGUUGAGUGCUUCGCCUGUUGUCGGGCUAACCGAAAGGCGGAUCCAAAAACAGAAAAACAUGCAACAAAUUACAAACAAAAAAGAACCAGAAAGAAAAAAAACAAGCGGAGAAACGACAACAUUGACAUGAAACACGCAAUAAGCAGCAGGCCAGCUACAAAACAGUGUUUCAGCCGCUGAAUUGGCGAUUUUAUGCUUACCCCCAAGAAACCCCCACGCACAUAAUAUACUAUAUAUCUAAAUAUAUAUCUAUAUAAUGUGUAUAGAUAUACACACAAAAUAGACAAGAAAAUGUAGGCAGCCGCUCGGUGGCCUGCAUGUAUGGACUUCACUGGGUGACAGGUGGAGGUCAGGUAUUUAUUUAGCCACUGCUAAACGCUUAGCUUGUUCUCCGUUGCUUGGGGCUCUUAAAUAUUUCAACAAUUCUAGCACCUACAUAUGUGGGAAAGCUUCUUUUUGGUCUUUAUUCAAUGACCUUUUUCCAACAUGUUUAUUGAGGCUCCCGUAAAAUACACUUGCUUAAUAUUUAAUUGCUUGCUUAAAUGCGAUUUGCUUCGCUGGCUCGAGCCAUGCAAAUUUCGCACUGGUCUCCAUGUUAAACAAUUAAUGAGGGCACGAAUUUAGGUGUAGACUAAUUAAUAAAUGAAUAUUUCACGAGCUCAAACUUGCGCCACGCAAAUUUCAAUCCCUUAAACGGAUCCUGGCAAACCCCUUAAUCCAGUUAAUUAUGGGCAGGAUUGACUGGAAAUCUGGCAAAGUUUUAAUGAGUUUAACAGCAAGGUAUGUCCAUAUUGUUUAAUAAUCCGUAAUCGGCUUAUGUGCAAAGGAUUAAUAUUAAUUAAAGUUUUGUUUGAAUUUCCUGGCUGAAGCCCCACCUGCGAAUAAGACUUCGAUGUUUUGCACAAUUUGCACAAAAUGUAGUAAUGUAAGCAGAUGGAGGGAAACCAAUAAGUACGAGUAUUUCUCAACGGUUGACUGUUUGUCCUUCCACAAGAUUUAUUUGCUCCAAUAACAAGCCCAUGGAAAUGAGCAGGGACCGAAGAGACAGAAGACAGAGGACAGAAGUCGAGCAGUGCGGUGGACAAACCACAAGACUUUGUUCUGUCGGAAAUUGAAAAAUGGGCUUAGUCCUUAUGGCUGGCUGUGUGUCCUUUUGGCCAGCAAGAAGCAAAAGUGGAUGGCCAAAAAUGGAAUGACAAAUCUUGGCAACCGCAAAAGCCCCCAACUUCACAGGCGUACGAAAAACGUUUGGCUUAAAAAUUCCAUUUAGCGGCUUAUUAUCAUGCUUCAUUUCUCACAAUUUGUCGCUAUUUGAAAGUUGGCAACGGCGUGGAAUCUGCGAGCCAGGUGAACUGUGCGUUUGGCAUGUGACAUGUGGCAUGCGGCAUGACGCACGGCCAUUUUGCAUGAUUUUAAUCAAAAUGGACUCCCUGCUCGCAGACAGAUGCUGCAUGACGAUGUCCUGCCUGGGUUGGGUAAUUAAAAUGUAUAUUUAUGACAGCGACUUAACGUCGUAAUUAUGACUGAGUUUCGACAAUGACAAACGCAGCAAUCAGCGCAGUUUUUGAUGAACAGUAUGGUGCAUCAAGUUUUAUGUUGAAUCUGCUCUCUAUUUGCUUACUUCCUGCCUGGAAUUGCUUCCAAAAUCCGAAUUUAAAAGAUAGAACAACAUUACCAAUCGCUUUAAUACUUUAUAGAAAGGGAAUUCAAAAUGCUCGAUGCUUAGUGCUCACUGAUAUAGAACUCAAUUCCGGAAUCAAGCUUAAAGAAAACUUUUAGUAUUCAUCGCCUGUCUUGGGAUUUUUGUCCUACAAGUUAUAACUAUAAAAGGAGCUCUGCGUAAACUUACGAUGCCUGGUCAAUACACCAACUACAAGUACACUCGAUUGAUAAUGGUGCUGCUCCGCUCCUAUUUGAGCAUACUCUACCUAUGGGGUAUUCUGCACCUGGCUGCCAUCGUGCCGUUUCCCCAUGAGACCUGGGAGACCACAUUCUGGUCCAGGACACGCACCUUUAAAGUGGCCUACAGGAUGAUUUUUCAUAACAAUUGGGUGAAUGAGGUGUACAUUUUCAUCCUAAUCCUCGUGGUGCUGUUAAAUCUGUUCUACUGCUGCCACUGCAGACUCGUUGGAGUCCGGACUUUGGACGAAGAAGUAGAAGGGCCUUUGCCGCGAUUGGACUUUCGCCUGCUGAUCUGCCCGAUAUGCUAUAUUAUAGUUUUCGUCAUUUGCUGGGCCAUUACCACCAUCGCCACGUGUCGCGGAAUUAUGUGUGUGGCUAAGAGUGCUGAGCUUGGCAAAAGUGGUAAGACGGUCUGCCUUUUGGUCAUCGGUCUGCUCAUCAAGCUCCUGGUUAUGGCCAAUUUCUACUCGGUUUGCAUACGCAUCUGGGCGUACUUGAAGAUCUUGGAUAUGAGUGCGAAUGAUUGGCUGGUUAACUACUACAACUUUGGUGAUCACCUCAAUUUGUUCUUCCGUGUUUGAGAAGUUGUAAAUACAUUUUAUAUUUGUUUGUUUAGCGAAAAAAUUAACAACUCUUUGAAAUUUCAAUCUUAGCUGAAGCUAUAUUUUUCCAAUUAUGAUGGAUUGACUGGCAGAGUGUUUCCAAUUUGGUGUGUUCCCAAACGAAAACACCUUGUUGGUCUACCCUGCUCAUUAUGUGCGUGUCUGGGUCUGUUUUUGUUUAUUAUUUCUGACACAAUUACUAAGCACACGUCACGGAUUUGCACUUUCGCUAAUGGAACUCUCACACACCGGCACACUGUUGUCAUCUACCGUAGAUUCGCUUUGUUAUUAUUUUCCCUCUUCUGUUUUAAUAUAAAUUUGCAUUGUUGCGAGAAUGUGGGUCAAGAGCGUUGAGACCCCCGCACGCCACGCAAAUAAAAGUGGGUAAAAGUGAUACACGUGUGUGGUGCGGAUUUUCCACGCUGUCCCCACUCAAUAUUCGCAAUAAAAGGAAACCGAAAGGAAAGCGUGAAAAGUGCAGUUGGUGUGGCUUAUGAUUGAUUUCAUAUCCUUUGGGCAUUAACGCUCGACUGAUGCUGGAAAUGGGGUUAAAAAAAUAAAACUUAAAAUACCUGGAACUGAAGGAAAUGUUAAAGAGACCACAACCAGCAUGCAAAUUAAGCAAACUCUUGGGAAAACAAAAAAAAAAAAUGUUUAAAAAACCGAGCAGCGUGUUAGUCAGUCAAUCAGGACGACGUGACCGAUUGCCCCGAAGCUCCGCACAUGCAAGCCCGAAUCCCUUGGCUAACAUCAGGCAAGGUGUGCGGCCCCGCCCACUUUCCAUAGCCCAACGCCCCCAGGAAUUACAGCCAAGGCCCACACAGACGCAGUGACAUUUCGCCAGAGAGAAAAGCAAACUCAAUUUGUAUGCCUCGACGGCGGGCAGGCAGGACACCGGAACAUCAGGACAUCAAGCUGAGAGCAGGACCAAGGCAAAAGCGAACCGAACCAGUGAAAGGCACAAAAAGCAACAUGCAUGCGGCCUUCUGACAACUUUUCAGACACUGUAGCUUAGAUUUUGGACUUAUGCGGUCCUGUGACAGUACACGCAGUGUACGUGAUCGGCUUUUAACAUGUGUUGCAUGCCCAGCGACAUGUGCAAAUCUCUCACAAAAAAGUUUCCACUAAGAGAAACAUCCAUAGAGGGCAUGUGGUACUUUGUAUUGGUAGUGGUUUGUGUACUCAGCUAAUGAAGUUACGCAUAACAGAGUGGAAAACCAGGAGUAAACGAAACUGA